AAGCGUUAAGCCGAGGCGGCGACCGCAGCUUUAGUCGUUUGCUGCACAAUGGCGCGAUUGGUUUGUGCUUGUUCGCCCUGCUGCCGCCGUCGUUUCUGAGCGGAGGGCCGGCCCAAAACGUUGGACCGUCCGUUGCGCGGGAUAUAAAUCUUACCGCACAGUCUCCCUCGUUCGUAACCGCUCAGCUCUCCACGUUUCUUCGUUUCUCUCGAAUCAUUCGGUUCUCGUAGUCUGUCUGACGAAAGAGAAACGGUAACAACGACGGCUGGUCGGAAGACGAAUCCCGAGAACCGUGAAUAGAAAGACCGACCGUCAUCCAGGAAGAAGGCCAGGUUUUAUCCAACGCGCGCGCUAUUCGAAAAACCAAUACGCUCGGUAAAAUCCGGGGGUUCGCUUUUCGAGCAGACGGCGGUUAUCAACAACGUGUUUGGGGGAAACUCGGAUUACAUCUGACCGUUUCUCCACCCCAGCCUCCCGUUCAGGAACGCACGGCGACAACAGGAAGAACAUACAAAGAGCUUUCCCGUAAAGUGACCGAUUGUCACCCACGAAGAUCUCCGUCCAAGGACCCAGCGAUAGCACGAAGCAACGCUGCGUGGGCCUAAGCACAAGUGAUAUUCUUAUCUAAUAAUUAAUACAUAGCUAUAUAUGCGUUUAUACCGAUCAAGCCUAGAGACGUUCAAAUCGGCUCGUUAUAAUCGAUAAUCGAUAAUCGUCGCAGCUACCGCGUUCGGUAAUAUUGUGAAGUGUGUUCAAAAAGCUUAUCCGCUUUAACAGUUUACUGACAAUAAUUACGAAUAAUUAUAAAAAUCGAUCCAACUUUUAAACACGGACGCGUGUUUCGUUUCAUUAAAACGUACUAUUUCGAAGGGAAGAAGACAAGGGAGGAGGUGGUAGUGUCGCGAGUGUAAAACAGUGCGUGUGUGAAAACGGCACAAUAUGAGAGUGACAGCCGCUGUUAGACAGCAUUCUCUUCAUCUACAAGUGGCUCGUACCAACAAUGGGAAGUUCCUGGUCUGUCCGAACAAUAGUCAGGACAUCGGUCAACAACCGACAAACGACGAGACAAACUCGGUGCCAGCGGUUGUCUUUCCUAGUUACGAACCGGUGCCUACCGAUCAUCACGGACCUACCAUACUCGGCGAUCGGUAUUUGCUUCUUGGACCGGCCGAGGGCAGCGCUCUAUACCGAUGCGUCGAUGUACACACUGGUCAACAGCUCGUCGCAAAGGCGUUGACCGUGGGCGACAAAGGUUGCGAGGCACUACUACAGGCGCACCUUCGAUUAGAAGGUACCGGAGCGGCGAGCGGUGUUGCAGGCGUGGUGGAAGCACCUGGAGGUCGACGCUACCUCCUGCUGGAGGGCCACCACGGUGACCUGCACGCCUACGUAAGGGCGCGCAGGAGACUGCGGGAACCGGAGGCCAGGCGACUCUUCCGGCAAGCAGCCAGGGCCGUAGCUACGUGCCACGAGUACGGGGUCGUGCUCAGAGAUUUAAAACUCAGGAAAUUCGUUUUCGCCGACGAAGCAAGAACACGACUUCGUCUGGAAAGCCUAGAAGAUGCGGUAAUCGUGGAAGGUGAUGACGACAAGCUGACCGAUCGACGGGGUUGUCCGGCAUACGUAGCGCCGGAAGUACUACGCUCGGGACGAGCCUAUUCCGGGAAGGCAGCCGACAUCUGGUCGCUUGGCGUACUCCUGUACACGAUGCUGGUCGGUCGUUAUCCGUUUAACGACGCCGAGCAUGCGUCCCUGUUUGCGAAAAUCUCGCGUGGCCAGUUCGCGGUACCAGAAGGUCUAAGCCCACGUGCUCGGUGUCUAAUCCGCUCGUUGCUGAGAAAGGAACCGUCCGAGAGGCCGUACGCGGAGGACGUGCCGAGACACCCAUGGCUCGCGAAACCGUUACGAGUCUGCCCCACAUCCAGCAGAUCUUCUUGUCAGGAUCAGAUCGUACCAGAGCUACCUAACAAUCCUCAAGACUGACUCUUCCGAGAGAAAAAGAUAUAUUCCGCGUGCGCUGGACCCAGCUUUCUUCGUUAAUCCUCUAUUUGGACGGAAAUUCUGCGCGCAGAGGGCAUUUCAUCCCAAUUUAACAUGGCUUUUGUUUCCUACUUUGUGUUUUCUUAGCUUUUAUAUCUUAAUUUUUUAUUUUCUAUUAAAUACGUCGAAGUUAGAUACGAACGCUCGGUUACUUUGCACGCAGCAUCGAAGAGAAAAACGAGAAAAACAACACUUACCAUUUCUAUUAUGCGUGUAACAAAUAUACUGAGAAAGAAGACAAAUAACGAGCAACGAGUAAUAAGAAAUCAAAAUUUAGUAAUUCGAUAAUUCGUUCAAGAUUGUACAUUAUCUAUGCGAUACAGAAUAUCUUGUACAGAGACAGGGAAGAUAACAGUCGACUAGAAAAAUGAUAUUUAAGAAACGUCUUCCACAUAACGAUUAAGUGAAAGUACCGAGUCUGCGUUUGAUUAUAUUUUGUCGGGUUAUUCAGUUUAAAAAACUCAUGCCCGUUAAUACAACCGAGCAUUUGUAACUCACUUGUUGCUUUAGUAUACAAUGUUGAAGCAAACGUUGAUAAAAUUGCCAUGCGUUUUCCCUCUUCUCAUAUGUGACGAAUGCGUAAUUCUCCUUGGAAGAAAUAUAGUGCGAUCUUAAAAUUGUGUACAAGUUACAAUAAACAUACUUCGAAUAGACGAGAAUUAUUGAAAGAAAGAACAACGCGUCUUACCUAUGUAAUCUUCUAUUAGCUGUAAUACAAUUAACAAUUGGUUAUUGACGAUAUAGUACAAAAUUUCUUUUGUUCGUAGUAGUUCGAUACGCCAUCGACAUCAUGGUCUUCGUAAACAGUAAAGAUAAGAUAGAGAAAGUUCGACUAUCCUCCUGUAAUCGAUUGUUAUUAAGAGCGAAUCGUCGGAAAGUUUGGAAACUAGAGAUAAAAUAUGUGUUGUUUCGACUUUAUCACAAAAUUCUCACUGAAAUACGUAAUAUACCAUCAGUUGCGAAUUACAAUUACAAUUCCUAUAUGAAGAGCGAAUUUUGAAAUAGUUCUUAAGAGCUCUCUUUACAGACUUGUAACUUGUGUUUUAAACGUUACGGUUUAGGUGAAAAGAAAGUUAAACCGGAAUUGCUCGUUCUAGGAAAAUAUAUUCAUACGAGUAUAUAAACUUGAUAACAAAAAGUUGAUCUUUUCGACUCACCGAAUCAAGAUAUCACCAACUUAUAACCACACCGUAUUUCUUCCAUACACGUACAUAUUUACGUAUAUUAUAAUACUUGCGUGCGCAAGUUACACAUAAAAGCCAUGUUACAAAUAAAUACCAAAUAAAGGGUUAACCAUUAGCUGUCGCAUCAAGGGAUAGUUCCGAUUCCAAA